UGAAAAAAGCAUAACACCGGCAGGAAAAAUUGUUAACAUUUCACAGAAAUAAAUGGAGUUAUUGAAGUUUUAAAGAGAUAAUGAGUGACAUUGCAGCAAAUCAGUCUCGCAUGAUGAACCCUGGAGCUGCUCCCCCCACCUCUGGGUCUGGUAGUCUGAUGGCCGGUUCUUCCAUGUCACAAGCUGAAAGAGAGAAGGUUUAUCAGUGGAUCGGGGAGCUAACGAGCCCUGACACACGAGAGAACGCUCUCCAGGAACUCAGCAAAAAGAGGGAGGUUGUGCCCGACCUGGCUCCGAUGUUAUGGCACAGUUUUGGGACAGUGGCCGCCCUGUUGCAGGAAAUAGUGCAUGUGUACCCUGCAAUAACGCCGCCACAUCUAACGGCACACCAGUCCAAUAGAGUGUGUAAUGCUCUGGCCCUCCUGCAGUGUGUGGCGUCACAUCCUGAGACACGCUCAGCCUUCCUCACUGCCAACAUACCACUGUUUCUGUACCCCUUUUUACACACGGUGAGCAAGACGAGGCCGUUUGAGUAUCUGCGUCUUACUAGUCUUGGAGUUAUAGGAGCACUUGUCAAGACAGACGAACAAGAAGUGAUCAACUUCCUGCUUACCACAGAGAUUAUUCCACUGUGCCUACGAAUCAUGGAGUCAGGGAGUGAGCUUUCAAAGACAGUGGCGACCUUCAUUCUCCAGAAGAUUCUCCUGGAUGAAACAGGACUGUCGUAUAUCUGUCAGACCUAUGAGCGAUUCUCCCAUGUAGCCAUGAUUUUGGGCAAAAUGGUGCUGCAUUUGUCCCGUGAGCCAUCGGCAAGAUUGCUUAAGCAUGUUGUGCGAUGUUACCUUCGUCUGUCAGAUAAUCCCAGAGCUCGUGAAGCCUUGCGCCAGUGCUUGCCAGAUCAGCUGAAGGACAGCACAUUUGUCAACUGUCUCAAGGAUGAUAACUCCACGAAGCGCUGGCUCGCCCAGCUCCAGCAGAACCUAGAAACUCCGGGUGUGCCUGACCCACGAAACCCUGGCAUGCCACUACAUCAACAGUGAGGGGAGAAUGAGAGGGGGAAUUAGGGCUUACAGAAAGUGUGGGGAAAGGAGGGGAAGGGGGAUAAGAGAGGGUAUUGGGCCCCCAAGGAUAUGUAUGGGAAAGAGGGGGGAAAAUAAGUGAGAACUUAAAGGGUAUGCCUGACCCAUGAAGCACUAGAAUGCCACUGCAAGCAGUGACAAGGAUAAUAAAGGCAUGAGGGGGGUUAAAAGCAAAUUUGGGGGGCAGAGGGGAGGGGGGAUAGGAGAUAGGGUAUUGGGGUGUGCCCUAGGGUAUUGAGGGGAAAAGGAGAAAACAGUGUGGGUACAUAAUGGGUAUGGCCUACCUAUGAAAUCCAGGCAGGGGAAGAUUGUUUGCCCAAAGUAAAAGGUGUGUAUUGGAAGGAUGAACGGGUGUUGGAAUAGUGAGGUUGUGUUCCACUCGUGAAUCAGGGCUUGCUCCUGCAUCAACAGUAAAAAAAAAAUGCAAAAAAGAUGUUUGAGUGGAGAAAUGUUUUUCAGGAUAAAUAUAAAAUCCUUGCAAACUGUGUGGCAAGGGAGAGAAACACUGCAAGAAUUCAGAAAGUUUCAAAUACAUGAAUUCCCACCUCACAGCCCCCCUCUGGAUUGCAACCUUCUCAAGCAAUAUAGGAAAAUGAAUUGAACAAAUUCUUAUAAAAUGAUCUUAGGUUGACAUUCAUUGUCAAAAUAAUUGGCUUCUGUUGAAAACUGUUUAAUUAUGCAAGUGAUAUAAUGAAAUUCUGUUUGUGUGUGUUUGAGAUGGUAUGAAUAUUGACAAUAAGUUAUUCCAAUGCUGUAAUUUAUGUGUUGUCAAUAAAUGUUUUAAUGUCGA